AUGGGGGUGUGUCAGAACAUUAUAGGAGCAGCAGGCACAGGAGCAGCAGGCACAGGAGCAGCAGGCACAGGAGCAGCAGGCACAGGAGCAGCAGGCACAGGAGCAGCAGGCACAGGAGCAGCAGGCACAGGAGCAGCAGGCACAGGAGCAGCAGGCACAGGAGCAGCAGGCACAGGAGCAGCAGGCACAGGAGCAGCAUUCACAGGAGCAGCAGGCACAGGAGCAGCAGGCACAGGAGCAGCAAGCACAGGAGCAGCAGGCACAGGAGCAGCAGGCACAGGAGCAGCAUGCACAGGAGCAGCAGGCACAGGAGCAGCAGGCACAGGAGCAGCAGGCACAGGAGCAGCAGGCACAGGAGCAGCAGGCACAGGAGCAGCAGGCACAGGAGCAGCAGGCACAGGAGCAGAAGGCACAGGAUCAGCAGGCACAGGAGCAGCAGGCACAGGAGCAGCAGGCACAGGAGCAGCAGGCACAGGAGCAGCAGGCACAGGAGAAGCAGGCACAGGAGCAGCAGGCACAGGAGCAGCAGGCACAGGAGCAGCAGGCACAGGAGCAGCAGGCACAGGAGCAGCAGGCACAGGAGCAGCAGGCACAGCAGCAGUAGGCACAGGAGCAGCAGGCACAGGAGCAGCACGCACAGGAGCAGCAGGCACAGGAGCAGCAGGCACAGGAGCAGCAGGCACAGGAGCAGCAGGCACAGGAGCAGCAGGCACAGGAGCAGCAGGCACAGGAGCAGCAGGCACAGGAGCAGCAGGCACAGGAGCAGCAGGCACAGGAGCAGCAGGCACAGGAGCAGCAGGCACAGGAGCAGAAGGCACAGGAGCAGCAGGCACAGGAGCAGCAGGCACAGGAGCAGCAGGCACAGGAGCAGCAGGCACAGGAGCAGCAGGCACAGGAGCAGCAGGCACAGGAGCAGCAGGCACAGGAGCAGCAGGCACAGGAGCAGCAGGCACAGGAGCAGCAGGCACAGCAGCAGCAGGCACAGGAGCAGCAGGCACAGGAGCAGCAGGCACAGGAGCAGCAGGCACAGGAGCAGCAGGCACAGGAGCAGCAGGCACAGGAGCAGCAUUCACAGGAGCAGCAGGCACAGGAGCAGCAGGCACAGGAGCAGCAAGCACAGGAGCAGCAGGCACAGGAGCAGCAGGCACAGGAGCAGCAUGCACAGGAGCAGCAGGCACAGGAGCAGCAGGCACAGGAGCAGCAGGCACAGGAGCAGCAGGCACAGGAGCAGCAGGCACAGGAGCAGCAGGCACAGGAGCAGCAGGCACAGGAGCAGAAGGCACAGGAGCAGCAGGCACAGGAGCAGCAGGCACAGGAGCAGCAGGCACAGGAGCAGCAGGCACAGGAGCAGCAGGCACAGGAGAAGCAGGCACAGGAGCAGCAGGCACAGGAGCAGCAGGCACAGGAGCAGCAGGCACAGGAGCAGCAGGCACAGGAGCAGCAGGCACAGGAGCAGCAGGCACAGCAGCAGUAGGCACAGGAGCAGCAGGCACAGGAGCAGCACGCACAGGAGCAGCAGGCACAGGAGCAGCAGGCACAGGAGCAGCAGGCACAGGAGCAGCAGGCACAGGAGCAGCAGGCACAGGAGCAGCAGGCACAGGAGCAGCAGGCACAGGAGCAGCAGGCACAGGAGCAGAAGGCACAGGAGCAGCAGGCACAGGAGCAGCAGGCACAGGAGCAGCAGGCACAGGAGCAGCAGGCACAGGAGCAGCAGGCACAGGAGCAGCAGGCACAGGAGCAGCAGGCACAGGAGCAGCAGGCACAGGAGCAGCAGGCACAGGAGCAGCAGGCACAGGAGCAGCAGGCACAGGAGCAGCAGGCACAGCAGCAGCAGGCACAGGAGCAGCAGGCACAGGAGCAGCAGAGCAGCAGGCACAGGAGCAGCAGGCACAGGAGCAGCAGGCACAGGAGCAGCAGCACAGGAGCAGCAGGCACAGGAGCAGCAGGCACAGGAGCAGCAGGCACAGGAGCAGCAGGCACAGGAGCAGCAGGCACAGGAGCAGCAGGCACAGGAGCAGCAGGCACAGGAGCAGCAGGCACAGGAGCAGCAGGCACAGGAGCAGCAGGCACAGGAGCAGCAGGCACAGGAGCAGCAGGCACAGGAGCAGCAGCACAGGAGCAGCAGGCACAGGAGCAGCAGGCACAGGAGCAGCAGGCACAGGAGCAGCAGGCACAGGAGCAGCAGGCACAGGAGCAGCAGGCACAGGAGCAGCAGGCACAGGAGCAGCAGGCACAGGAGCAGCAGGCACAGGAGCAGCAGGCACAGGAGCAGCAGGCACAGGAGCAGCAGGCACAGGAGCAGCAGGCACAGGAGCAGCAGGCACAGGAGCAGCAGGCACAGGAGCAGCAGGCACAGGAGCAGCAGGCACAGGAGCAGCAGGCACAGAGCAGCAGGCACAGGAGCAGCAGGCACAGGAGCAGCAGGCACAGGAGCAGCAGGCACAGGAGCAGCAGGCACAGGAGCAGCAGGCACAGGAGCAGCAGGCACAGGAGCAGCAGGCACAGGAGCAGCAGGCACAGGAGCAGAAGGCACAGGAGCAGCAGGCACAGGAGCAGCAGGCACAGGAGCAGCAGGCACAGGAGCAGCAGGCACAGGAGCAGCAGGCACAGGAGCAGCAGGCACAGGAGCAGCAGGCACAGGAGCAGCAGGCACAGGAGCAGCAGGCACAGGAGCAGCAGGCACAGGAGCAGCAGGCACAGGAGCAGCAGGCACAGGAGCAGCAGGCACAGGAGCAGCAGGCACAGGAGCAGCAGGCACAGCAGCAGCAGGCACAGGAGCAGCAGGCACAGGAGCAGCAGGCACAGGAGCAGCAGGCACAGGAGCAGCAGGCACAGGAGCAGCAGGCACAGGCAGCAGCAGGCACAGGAGCAGCAGGCACAGGAGCAGCAGGCACAGGAGCAGCAGGCACAGGAGCAGCAGGCACAGGAGCAGCAGGCACAGGAGCAGCAGGCACAGGAGCAGCAGGCACAGGAGCAGCAGGCACAGGAGCAGCAGGCACAGGAGCAGCAGGCACAGCAGCAGCAGGCACAGGAGCAGCAGGCACAGGAGCAGCAGGCACAGGAGCAGCAGGCACAGGAGCAGCAGGCACAGGAGCAGCAGGCACAGGAGCAGCAGGCACAGGAGCAGCAGGCACAGGAGCAGCAGGCACAGGAGCAGCAGGCACAGGAGCAGCAGGCACAGCAGCAGCAGGCACAGGAGCAGCAGGCACAGGAGCAGCAGGCACAGGAGCAGCAGGCACAGGAGCAGCAGGCACAGGAGCAGCAGGCACAGGAGCAGCAGGCACAGGAGCAGCAGGCACAGGAGCAGCAGGCACAGGAGCAGCAGGCACAGGAGCAGCAGGCACAGGAGCAGCAGGCACAGCAGCAGCAGGCACAGCAGCAGCAGGCACAGGAGCAGCAGGCACAGGAGCAGCAGGCACAGGAGCAGCAGGCACAGGAGCAGCAGGCACAGGAGCAGCAGGCACAGGAGCAGCAGGCACAGGAGCAGCAGGCACAGGAGCAGCAGGCACAGGAGCAGCAGGCACAGGAGCAGCAGGCACAGCAGGAGGGAUACUUGGGAGGCGACCUUGCCUACUGCUGCCCUUCUUCAUGAGCACAGAUCCGUGGGACUUUCAAAAGACCCCACGCACGCUGGUGUCUCAAAAGACCCCACGCACGCUGGUGUCUCGCCUGCUCGUGGUCUGCUACCGCCACAGCCUCGAGUUCUGGUGCUCGCUCCGCCUGCACUGCUUCCUUGACUCACAGGUGUGCCUGUCCGCACUGAUGAAUUCACACACAGGUGCGCCCGCCCGCACUGCUUCCUUGGUUGGCAGACAGGAGGAUGCACCAGAGGGCGAGAGGGACGACUUCAGUGGCGACCAGAAGAAGUUCAUGACUCCGGCCUUCGUGCACCUGGUCUGGAGGCGGCUGCAUAUCGUCAGGGGAAUCAUAUCUUUAGGAUUUGAUGUGAUCUUCACAGACAAUGACGUCAUGUGGCUACAGGUGUGUGGCAGUGACGUCUUGUGGCUGCAGGUGUGUGGCAGUGACGUCAUGUG